AUGAAUAGCAGCUGCUGUGCUUUCGUGGAACCCAUCCUGGACUCUGCUCUUCCUUCCAUGCUUCUCUUGGUGGUCAUUUUUGGCGUAAUUUGCAAUUCUCUUGGGCUCUGGAUGAUUUGCUUAGAGGUAAAGUCUUGGAAACCAAACUCUGUAUAUCUGCUGAGCCUAACUUUGGCAGACUUUGUGGUUCUUUUAUGUGUGCUGUUCCGUGCAGACUAUUACAUCCGUCAAGAAAACUGGAUCUAUGGAGAUAUCCCAUGCAGACUAUUGCUAUACAUCCUUGCUGCUGCCAGAGCUGCCGGCAUGAUUUUCUUAUCACUCAUUGCACUCACUCGCUAUUGUCGGAUCCUUUUCCCAUUCUCCAAAGUGAAUAAUAUUACGGUGAAGCAGGCGACCUGUAUCUGCAUUGCCCUGUGGGUGUCUAUGUUCACACUGCAUUCCUACAUACUAACAAGUCCACGCUUUUUCUACUUGCACAACACAACACAGUGUGAAAGCUUUAAUAUAUGCCCACAGUCCCCAAUGUCCUGGCAGGAUGCAUUCUAUAUAUCAUUGUCUUCUCUGUCUCUGCUAACUAUUUCAUACUGCACAAUCCGCAUAGCUUUUCACUUAAAGGACAAUGCCAUUGAUACAAAUGGAAAGGUAGGCAGAGCCAUGAGGUUCCUGAUAUUAAUCACAGCCAUAUUCGUUGUGUGUUACCUGCCCAGUGCUUCUAUCAGAGUUGCCAUCUGGGUACUGAAGACCAUGAAGUAUGAAGACUGUGCACACUUCCGAGAUGCAAACCUUGGAUUCUAUCUUACCAUUUGCCUUACUUACCUCUACAGUGUGCUCAAUCCUGCAUUAUAUUAUUUUUCAAGCCCAUCUUCACAUAAGUUAUUACCAUGCCUGUGUAAAGAAAAUCUGUUCAGGGAAAGUGAGGCACAGUAG